CUUAAAAGAUGAGAUCACAUCUGAGAAACUGCUUGGGGUAAAAUUGUGGAUUACAGCAGGGCCAAGAGAAAAGUUCAGUGCUGCUGAGUUUUCGGUUCUGAGGAAAUUCCUGGAGGAUGGUGGAGCCAUCCUGGUGAUGCUAAGAGAAGGCGGGGAGUCACGAUACGGCACAAAUAUUAACUUUUUGUUAGAAGAAUAUGGGAUCCUUUUCAAUAAUGAUGCUGUAGUACGAAACGUGUAUUACAAGUACCACCACCCAAAAGAAGCGCUGAUCUCUGAUGGAGUUUUGAAUAGGGGAAUCAGUGAAGCUGCAGGAAAAACAGUGCCUGGGAUAACAGAUGGAGAUGGAAGUGGAGAUGACUCACAAGCGCUCACCUUUGUGUAUCCAUUUGGUGCCACACUGAAUGUAAUGAAACCAGCAGUGGCUGUUCUAUCAACAGGAUCUGUUUGCUACCCGCUCCACAGGCCUAUUCUUGCUUUCUAUCAGCAUGAGAAUCAAGGUGGAAAGAUGGCAGCGUUGGGAUCUUCCCACAUGUUCAGUGAUCAAUACUUAGAUAAAGAAGAAAAUGGUAAGAUCAUGGAUGUGCUUUUCCAGUGGCUCACAACAUCAGAUAUCCAUUUAAACCAGUUGGAUAUGGAGGACCCUGAGGUUUCAGACUAUACCAUGCUCCCAGAUACAGCUGCACUGUCUGAGCAACUGCGAGUCUGUCUGCAAGAAGGAGAUGAGAACCCAACAGACUUCACAAAGCUCUUUGAUACAUCCCUUUAUCAGCUGGAUACAACUGCCCUCCCUUCAGUUAUCAAAGCUUACGAACAGCUGAAUGUGAAGCAUGAACCCCUCCAACUCAUUCAGCCUCAAUUUGAGACUCCACUACCUGUCCUCCAGCCAGCUGUUUUUCCACCUGCUUUCAGAGAAUUGCCUCCUCCCCCUCUGGAGCUGUUUGACUUGGAUGAAACUUUUUCCUCUGAGAAAGCUCGUCUUGCAGAGAUUACUAACAAAUGUACCGAUGAUGACCUGGAGUUUUACGUUCGAAAAUGUGGUGAUAUCCUAGGAGUAACAAGUAAACUCACAAAGGAGAAGCAAGAUGCCAAACAUAUCCUGGAGCACAUCUUCUUCCAAGUGGUUGAGUUUAAGAAACUGAAUCAGGAACACGAUACUGACACAAGUGAAGCUGGAUUCCAGAAUGGUAACUGAGGCCUGGCUUUCCCCAGUUUGAGAUAGACCUUCCAGUGAAAACAUACUUUUCUAUUCUUUUCAA